GCAGCACCAACAGCUCUGGAUCUGCAGAUGAGUCGGGAGGCGCUCAGGGGAAGCCCCAGGGGUGUUUUGCGUCACUGGGCCAGGUUGCCUAGCACUGCUGCGACUGUGGAGAAGGGACACCAGCUCCAGGGCCCCGUCUGAUCCUUCCCCGUGCGUGUCCUGUUUGAGAGCCACACGCUGCUGAGGACGGAGCAGAGGAGCAGCCAGGGUGAUGGCGGCUAGGGCAGAGACGCUGGAGCUGCCCUUCACCUGCGACGAGCAGCUGACGCGGCGCAUGCGGCUGCGGUUCCAGAGCCUGCAGCAAAGGAACAUGAGGGCCCAGGACGGGGAGAGGCUGCUGCACCCCAAUGAGCACAUCUUCCGAGUGGAUUUCAUCCAGCAGCACCAGCUGCGCUUCCUCCGCUGGGACAUGCAGCUGGAGAGACCCGGCAAGGUCACGGUGACGGGCACCUCCCAGCUCUGGACUCCUGACCUCACCCACCUGAUGAACCGGCAGCUGCUGGAGCCAGUGGGAAUCUUCUGGAAGAAGCCGGGGACCGAGGAGGUGGAGUGCAAUGAGGCAGAUGCCCAGGAGUUUGGGGAGAGGAUAGCAGAGCUAGCCCAGAUCCGCAAGGUUAUGUAUUUUCUCCUCACUUUCACUGGUGGCCUUGAACCAGCUCAGCUGAAAGGCUCCAUUGUUUUUAAAGCCUGAUCCCCUCUUGCUCAGCUUUUCUCCUUCCAGCUUUGUUUCUUUCAGUUCAGUUCUUUGUUCCAUUUUUGCAUCUGUUUUUUUUUAUUUUUUUCUUUUUAAUGAAAGCCAGCACUGUGGUAAAGCAGAGAACAGCUCAGUGCUCCUGGAUCCCCUCAGCCCUGUGAAAUAUUCCCCAAAUGUGCUGCCCUCUGUCUAAAUGAUGGGGAGAAGGGGACCAUGAGCUUGCUGCUGCAUUUGCCUGGAGUAUAAGACUAUGUGCUUGUGAAUUCAUCAGGGAUUCAUACAGGAUCUUACUGGCUUGGAAAUACAAGGCUGCCCUAAAUCCUCUCACUGUAGCAACUGCACACCAAAAACCCACUGGAAAAAUGAGUAAUUGCCAUACCAGAAACCAUCAGGGACCCCUGGAGAGAGCCCUGCUUUCCAGUUUCCAUCCUAGCCAUUGUUUGUGAUGGAGUUCCUCUCCUUGCAAGGUGCUGAGUGCUUACAGGCUCUGAUGACUUGUGCUGCUGCUGUGGCUGCUUGGAGUCUCUGAAGACCACUCCCAUGGAGAAUCCACCUUGCUGUGAAGCUGAAGUACAUACACCUGGACUCACUCAAUGUGUUCUGCAGAUUGUAAACCCACUGGACUAAUGGGGAGGUUGGACCAACCUUUUCUGACCACUGCCAUCAUUUCUUGCAGGGGGAGGGUGGAAUUUGUUGGUCCAAGAUGGAUGGAGCAGAUGUGUGUGUGUGGGGGCUGAGCCAGCAGCUCAGAGCGGCCUAGGCCAGCAAUGAGUCCUCUGCAGCAGAGCUAAUUUGUGCUUUGUUCUGUCCUUAAAGCAUCCAUGAAAAUAUUUACUCUGAAGUGUCUACAGAGAGCCGUGAGGCUGCAGAGCACUUUGCAAGCCACAGAGCAGGAACCUGCUGCUUCUGUCCCUGAAAACACAGGGAAGGGUGACCAGGGGAGCA